ACAUUUCACUUACUCCUUUCACUCCUUGCCAAACAAAAAGAUCAGUAAGAAGCCAAGAACAGCCGAGAAAAGGCGAGAAAAAAUCGAAUUUUGGUGUGGGAGAUCGGACGGCGUAGGUGAUGGCGUCUCCGAUCACGCCGACUGCCAACCGGCCCCUGUCGAUAACACCGGGUUCUAGGGUUUUGGAGACCCCUCUAACUGAUGACACCAUCUGGAAGCGACUCAAGGAGGCUGGCUUCGACGAGGAAUCGAUCAAGAGGAGAGAUAAGGCUGCUCUUAUCGCCUAUAUUGCCAAGCUUGAAGCUGAGAUCUUUGAUUACCAGCACCAUAUGGGACUUCUUUUAUUAGAAAAAAAGGAGUUGACUUCCAAGUAUGAGCAAGUUAAAUCUUCUGCUGAAACAGCUGAGAUAGUGCAAAAAAGUGGUCAGGCUGCACAUUUAUCUGCUCUAACUGAAGCAAAAAAGCGAGAGGAGAAUUUGAAGAAGGCUUUAGGAGUUGAGAAAGAAUGCAUAGCAAGUAUUGAGAAAACCUUGCAUGAGAUGCGUGCAGAAUCUGCUGAAACAAAGGUUGCAGCUGAAAGUAAAUUGGCUGAGGCACGUAAUACGAUGGAAUAUGCACAGAAGAAGAUUGUAGAGGCUGAGGUAAAGCUGCGUUCGGCAGAAUCUUUGCAAGGAGAGGCCAGCCGGUUUCACCGUACUGCUGAGAGAAAGCUGCAGGAAGUUGAAGCACGUGAAGAGGAUCUUAGCCGACGUAUCAUGUCUUUUAAGUCUGAGUGUGAUGCCAAAGAAAAGGAGAUUAUUCUUGAGAGGCAGUCAUUGAGUGAGAGGAAGAAGAUUUUGCAGCAAGAACAUGAAAGGCUGCUCGAUGGACAAGCUUCGCUGAAUCAGAGAGAGGAAUAUAUUUUUAGUAGAUCAGAAGAACUAAAGCGGCUUGAAAAGGAGCUAGAGGUUUCAAGAGAAAGUAUUGAAAAGGAACGGACAGUGUUGAAGGAUGAGAAAUCUAGACUUGAUUCUGCUUUCACUUCAUUGUUGAAAAAAGAGGAGGCUGUUGUUGAAAGAGAAGCUUUGCUGGAAAAGAAAGAGCAAGAGCUACUUGCUUGCCAAGAAAAGAUUGCAAAAAGGGAAUCUGUUGAAAUUCAAAAGGUAAUUGCUGCUCAAGAAACUGCAUUGAGAGCAAGAAAAACAGAGUUUGAAGCUGAACUUGAGAUUAAACGCAAAAUGAUGGAAGAUGAAAUUGAAACCAAGAGACGGGUUUAUGAGUUAAAGGAAAUUGAUCUUAGCCAGCGAGAUGAUAUUCUUCGUGAAAAGGAACAUGAGUUGGAGAUUCAAUCAAGGAUAUUAGCAAAUACAGAGAAAGAUGUGGUGGAGAGGUCAAAUCUUCUUGAUGAUAGAGAGAAAAGUUUGUGUACUUCUGAGAAGGAGGCUGAGUUGAAGGUAGCCUGUAUAGAAAGAGAAAAACAAGAGAUCAAUAGAAUGAAACUAGAGCUUCAAAAAUCAAUGUCUUUGCUGGAAGACCGAAGGAACCAAGUAGACUGUGAACAGGGGAAACUAGAAGCCAUGAGAAGUGACACAAAGGAAUUAUCGGUUCUAGAAUUGAAACUCAAAGAAGAACUUGAUCAUAUAAGGGGUCAUAAAUUGGAACUUAUGGCUGAAGUAGACAAGCUGCAAGUAGAGAAAACAAAAUUUGAAGCUGAGUGGGAGUUGAUUGAUGAAAAAAGAGAAGAGCUGCGGAAGGAAGCUGAACGUGUUGUUGAAGAGAGAGAAGCCAUUUCCAAGUUUCUCAAGGAUGAGCGAGAUAGCUUGAGAAGAGAGCGGGAUGCAAUGCGAGAGCAAUACUAUCAUGAUGUUGAGUCACUGAAUCAUGAGCGAGAAGACUUCAUGAACAAAAUGGUUCAUGAGCAUUCUGAAUGGCUUAGCAAGAUUCAGCAAGAGCGUGCAGAAUUUUUGUUGGGAAUUGAGACACAAAAGAGAGAGCUUGAGAAUUGUAUUGAGAAGAAGCGUGAUGAAUUAGAGAAUUCUCUGAGGGAAAGAGAGGAAGCUUUUGAGCAAGAAAAGAGAAAUCAACUUGAAUAUAUCAAUGGCCUCAAGGAAACAGCACAGAAAGAAUUGGAACAUGUUUCUUUAGAAAUGAAAAGGCUUGAUGCUGAGAGAAUGAAUAUAAAAUUAGAUCGUGAGCAAAGAGAAAGGGACUGGGCUGAGCUAAAUAAUUCUAUAGAGGAGCUUAACUUGCAAAGGCAGAAACUGCAAGAACAGAGGGAGUUGUUGCGAGCUGAUAGACAAAGGAUUAAUGCUGAGAUUGAAGAACUGAGAAAAUUGGGGGAUUUGAAAGCUGCCUUGGAUAAUAUGACUGUGGCUCAAGUGCAGCAUUCACCCCUUCGUCGUAGCCAGAAAAAAAUCUCUUCCCGAAGGAAUUUGACAGAACCAGCUGGAGCUUCUCCUAAUUUUACUGUUACUGACAAUGGCAACAGAAGCUCUCCAAUACCACAACCAGCUGGGCAUUCUCCCCUUGACACUGCUCGUUUCUCAUGGAUCAGACGAUGCAGUGAAUUGAUAUUCAAACAUUCCCCUGAAAAGCACCAGAUGCAGCAUGAAGAAAGGCCUUUGAUAUCUGCUAGAAAGUUAGAUUCAUCUAAUGGAUCUGGUGGAAACAAGUACAAUGGAAAUGGGAGGCAGCAAACUAGCUCUAAUAGAGAACAGAAAGUAAUAGAGGAAGUGCCCCGAGAAGGUGAGGUGUUGAAAGGAAUGCAAAAUUUGGAAUCUGAAAUUGAGGAAAAUUACACUGAUUCUGAAGAAGGGCUUCAGGCCACAAGGAAAAGAAGUUUUGAUCACUCUCUUUCUCAUGAAUAUGUGGAUCCAUUGCUAGCAGACAGGUUGGACAGUAGCAAGAAAAGGAAGCAAGAGAAAGAUUCCCUCAAAGAUUCACCAGGAGGGCCAUCUAAAAAGACUGAUGGUGAUGGCUUCUCUGAGCUAGAAAAUAUAGAACAAUUGCCAGAAUUUGUGGGGGAAGAAGAGCAGGAGAUUUCUCAUGGUGGAGGAACAUAUGGUCUUGCAAAUGCCAUAAAUGGGGGAAAUGAUGAGUCUAGGGAACUUGGAAUGGUGCAAGGAGCACACUUGCAAAAUGUUUGUCAAGUUAGUGAGCACCAUGAGUCACUGGAAGUCACAAUCACAUCAGAAAGAAUUGCAAUGAAACUUGAAGAAGAAGUUGCUGCUAAGCAAGAUGGCAGUGAGAAGAUUGGAGCAAGGACUAGGUCAAGACUGAAUUAGUAAAAGUAUGAUUGCUUCUAGAGUGCUGCUGUUCUUAAUUCACUGCAAUUUCAUACUGGUUUCAUGCAAAGGAACUGAAUGUUACUAAUAUUUUGCUUGGGACUUGGGAGGGCUUCAGUUACCCUUAGGGUUGCAGUGGUAGGUGAAUGUCUUAGCCAACUCAGACAUGGUUUGGAACCUGAAAAUGCUUGUUCAUCCCAUUUAUCUGUUUUCUCUGUAUGGGUUUGUUUUUGCACAUGGAUGGGUGUUGAUAUCUUUAGCUUGGUAGGAUGGUUUGAUGGUUGCUAGGAGAAAUGUAACUAGUGGUUUAUGACUAAUAUGAUAAAAGAAAUCAUAUAGUGUUUGUUAAGUCAGACAUGGCUAAUGUGAAGGUGUUGGCCUAGAGGAAUAUAGCAGUGAGCUGAACAAGGAUGUGUUUAUAAUAUGAGUUGAUAUCAUUGUUCUUCAUGGGAGAUUGGGAAUUGAAU